AUGAAGGCGACGUAUGUCGCAGCUGGUGUGGAGGGAGGCAGGCAGGCGGUAAAGGGACAGGUGGCCUCUGGGAAAUUCGAUCCGAAUGAGACAAGCGCUAUGGUGGAAUUAACUCAGGCAAUGCAUGCUUCUGUGAAGGCGUUCAUGGAAACAAAUUUUGCCUCCCUCCUUCAUUUGGGUGAGCUCGACUUAGAGGGCCUUCACCAGUUGUGCCGUGAGCCUGACAUUGAGGAGAACUCGUCUGAAGGUGAGCCUCUUAAGGUUGGAUCUUCCUUCUCUACUCCCGGUUAG